AUGACGGACCCAGCCGCGGAAGCUUACGAGCGUCUCACCAAGAACCUCUCCUUCGACUCGCAUGGCGUCACCGAGACCGUCGAUCUCCCUCACGAUGUCUCUUCCUCCAGCUUGAGCCCCCGGAUUGUUGACUCUGCCCCGGCUGCUGCCAUCGCCGUUCCUCGCGACCAGGCCGCUAACUCCGCUGCCCCUUCUGCUGCUGCUGCCAAUGGCUCGAGCCUCAAGCUCGGCAACAGCUCCCCCGGUGUUGCUGCCGCUGCUGCCAAUGGCGAUGCUUCCGUCAAGUACGCUCCUGGAGGCAAGGUCAAGCUGACCAACUACCCCGCCAUCGCCAACGCUCCUCUCCCCGCUGAAGGCAACGGCUCGUUCAACAACAUCCAUUUGGCUCUACUCAUCUUCUUCACCCCCGCUGUCGUGCUCCGUCUCAUCCCCUUUGUCAACCCGCAGUGGUUCGGAUGGUUCAGCUACCUCCUGCUCUGCGCCCUCUUUGGCGCUCCCGUCGCUGUCGGGUACUGGACUGUCAUGUCCACCUAUGGCCCCCGCAAGAACGAAAAGGUCACGCUCCCCGGGAAGCCGCUCGAAUUCUACAUGGAGAUCAAGGACCCUGAGCUGCGCAAGAAGUACCACGGCGACAAGAAGAUCCCCUACCAGACGUUCCACGACGCCUACUUUGCCGGCAAGAUUGAGCCUAAGCUGCCGCUCAACGAGCUGCUCGAGUACCGAUGGGACUGGGCUUCGAUGCAGUUCACCUGGCCCCUGUUCGAGCACGUCUUUUUCAACUUCAUCCCCGAUGUUCUCAUGCACACCGCCAAGCAGGACCAGACGCAAAUCCAGGACAACUACGACCGAGGCGACGACUUCUACGAGUGGUUCCUCGGCCCGCAGAUGAUCUACACCUCGGGUAUCAUCUCGGACGCCAACAAGGCCGAGACGCUCGAAGAACUGCAGGACAACAAGCUCAACCUCGUCUGCUCCAAGCUCGAUCUGCAGAAAGAGGACCGCGUGCUCGACAUCGGAUGUGGCUGGGGUACCUUUGCUACGUUUGCCGCUGUCAAUUACGGAUGCGACGUGACCGGUGUCACCCUGGCAAAGACCCAGACGCGAUUCGGAAACGACCGUCUCAAGAAGAACGGCAUCGACUCGAGCCAGGCGCGCAUCUUGAACCUCGACUACCGCGAUAUCCCCGUGCAGCCGGGCCACUACACCAAGAUCAUCUCGCUCGAGAUGGCCGAGCACGUGGGCAUCCGACACUACGACAAGUUCCUCUCGGAUGUGUACAACUUGCUGGACGACGAUGGAGUCUUCGUGUUCCAGGUCGCCGGGUUCCGACCUACGUGGCAGUUCCACGAUCUCCAGUGGGGUCUGUUCAUGAACAAGUACGUCUUCCCCGGUGCCGAUGCGAGUUGCUCGCUCGGCUGGGUCGUCUCGCACCUCGAGAAGGCCGGUUUCGAGAUCCGCUCGGUGGAUGUCGCGGGUGUCCACUACUCGGCGACCAUCCUGCGAUGGGCCCAGAACUGGGAAGCCAACAAGGACAAGGUGGUGGCCAAGUACGGCGACCGCAUGUACCGCAUCUGGAGCUUUUUCCUGUGGUCGAGUGUCAUCGUUGCUCGUGAGGGCGGUAGCUCGGUCUUCCAGUUUACGCUGCACAAGAACCUGAACGCUUACCACCGUAUCAACGGUGUCAAGUCGCACGGUGGCUUGCUGCCCCGUCCUCCCAUCAGCAAGUUCAAGUCGGUCUACCACUAG